AGGGGAGGGGAGAAGGGAGGAGGCGGCGGCGAGCUGGCCAUGGCAGCAGCCCGCGGGCGGAGAGGCAGCCGCCGCGGGCUGCCGCUGUGAUUGGCACCCCGAGGAGGAGGAGGAAGGCGCGGAGCAGCCGCGGGGCCCGCCAUCCCGCGGCGGCGGUGCCCGGGAGGAUGCCGGGGAAGCAGGGCUCGGCGGGCAGCGGCGGCGGCGAGCUCCCGGGGGCCGGCGUGCCGCGGCAGCGGAGGCGGCGGAGGAAGGUGUCCUGCUUCUCCAGCAUCCAGCUCUUCCUGGUGUCCGAGUGCGCCCUGAUGCUGGCCCAGGGCACGGUGGGAGCCUACCUGGUGAGUGUUUUAACCACCUUGGAGCGGCGAUUCAACCUCCAGAGUGCUGACGUGGGUGUCAUUGCCAGCAGCUUUGAGAUUGGCAACCUGGCCCUCAUCCUCUUCGUGAGCUACUUUGGAGCCCGAGGACACCGGCCACGCUUGAUAGGAUGUGGAGGGAUAGUCAUGGCCUUGGGUGCCCUCCUCUCUGCAUUGCCUGAAUUUCUGACCCACCAGUAUGAGUAUGAAUCGGGAGAAAUACGCUGGGGGGCCGAAGGGAGGGAUGUGUGUGCUGCCAACGGGUCCACCAGUGAUGAGGGACCAGACCCAGACCUUAUCUGCAGGAAUAGGACUGCUACCAACAUGAUGUACUUGCUGCUCAUUGGAGCACAGGUCCUCCUGGGCAUUGGUGCUACCCCUGUCCAGCCCCUGGGAGUUUCCUACAUUGACGACCAUGUGAGGCGGAAAGAUUCCUCCCUGUACAUAGGGAUCCUGUUUACGAUGCUGGUAUUUGGACCAGCCUGUGGAUUUAUCUUGGGCUCCUUCUGUACCAAAAUCUAUGUGGAUGCUGUCUUCAUUGACACAAGUAAGCUGGACAUAACCCCAGACGACCCUCGGUGGAUCGGUGCAUGGUGGGGAGGCUUCCUGCUCUGUGGUGCCUUACUCUUCUUCUCGUCCCUGCCGAUGUUUGGGUUCCCGCAGUCCUUGCCCCCACGGCCAGAGCACGCUGGGGAGAGCGAGCAGGCCAUGCUUCCCGAGAGGGACUACGAGAGACCCAAGCCAAGCAACGGGGUCCUGCGGCACGCGCUGGACGGGGAGAGCAGCACAACCUGCUUCCAGCAACUGCGAGUGAUCCCCAAAGUAACUAAGCACUUGCUCUCCAAUCCCGUCUUCACCUGUAUCAUCCUGGCGGCCUGCAUGGAGAUCGCGGUGGUGGCCGGCUUCGCUGCCUUCCUGGGAAAGUACCUGGAGCAGCAGUUCAACCUUACCACCUCAUCUGCCAACCAGCUCCUGGGGAUGACAGCAAUCCCAUGCGCGUGUCUGGGCAUAUUCCUUGGUGGCCUCUUGGUGAAGAAGCUCAGCCUGUCUGCUCUGGGAGCGAUCAGGAUGGCCAUGCUGGUGAACCUGGUGUCCACAGCUUGCUACGUGUCUUUCCUGUUCCUGGGAUGCGACACGGGACCUGUGGCAGGGGUUACUGUUCCCUAUGGAAACAACUCAACUCCAACCUCAUCUCUGGACCCAUAUUCCCCCUGCAAUAACAACUGUGAAUGCCAAACUGAUUCCUUCACUCCAGUCUGUGGGGCAGACGGGGUCACAUACUUAUCUGCCUGCUUUGCUGGCUGCAGCAGCACGAACCUCAGUGGCUGUUCGUGCCUCACCUCGGUCCCUGCCGAAAAUGCCACCGUCGUUCCCGGCAAAUGCCCCAGCCCUGGCUGCGAAGAGGCCUUCUUGACAUUCCUCUGCGUGAUGUGUGUUUGCAGCAUGAUCGGGGCCAUGGCGCAGACGCCGUCAGUCAUCAUACUCAUCAGAACUGUGAGUCCCGAACUGAAGUCUUACGCUUUGGGGGUGCUUUUCCUGCUUCUUCGUUUAUUAGGUUUUAUCCCACCUCCGCUGAUCUUUGGGGCUGGAAUUGAUUCCACGUGUCUGUUCUGGAGCACGUUCUGUGGCGAGCAAGGAGCCUGCGCGCUGUACGACAACGUGGUCUAUCGAUACCUGUACGUUAGUAUUGCUAUAGCCCUGAAGUCUUUUGCAUUCAUCUUAUAUACAACCACCUGGCAGUGCUUGAGGAAAAACUAUAAAAGAUACAUCAAGAACCACGAAGGUGGUCUCAGCACUAGUGAGUUUUUUGCCUCUACUCUCACCCUAGACAAUCUGGGGCGGGACUCGGUGCCCCAAAAUCAAUCACAUAGGACAAAAUUUAUCUAUAACCUUGAAGAUCACGAGUGGUGUGAAAAUAUGGAGUCUGUUUUAUAGUGACUGUGGAGGGGGUGAACUAUAUUAAUAAUACAAGGGUCCUUUUUAAUAAAAACAAGAAGAGAGUGAGAAUGAAGAAACACAACUGCAAAACAACGGCAACACAGGAAACUUUUGUCUUUUUCUCAAAGUCAGACCCAGCCAGGAUUCUUGAGAACAGCAUCUUUUAAUAGGAUCACUUGUGAAGUCCUGCAGGGUGAUGGAGAAAGCAGGGAGCUGCUGUGGCUGGGUACCAGCCCCUUUGAUGACAGUACGAGCUUCCAAGAAGGGCAUCUGCUGCAGGGGUUCAUCGGAGAGCUCGGCAGACAAACGGACUUGGGCACGAGGCGUAGAGAAAGCAAGGUGAUAACAGCAAGGCUGGAAUAGGUGUUUGCGGUUGCAAGCAGGGCCCCAGGGAUGUGUGGAGCCCCGCAGCAUGGCCUGAAGGGUUAGCCGGUCUGGGUGCUGUUCAAACCCGCUGUGCUCUGUGAUGGCAAAGAGGGAGCGGUGCUAGAGCUGUUCCACCAGUCACGCUCUGUCACCAGCCACGAGUCCACCAUAAAUACCUUGAAAGCUGCUGGAAACCUUCCAGGUGGCGAGCAGUGCUGUCAGAGGUAUCAGAGUCCUUCCAGCCGAGGCUUAUUCGCAGAUCGCAGCUUUGUGGUUGUCUGUGAAUAGCUGUGCUCAGAUCUCUCAAACCCAGUAAAGUUCAAGACAUUUGCUCACACUUGCCAAACGUGCUGUCAUUUUUAAAGGGGGAUGAAUUCCAAAUACUUGUCUCUGUAGUCCUCUGAUAAGAUUUUUUUAAAACAUAUUUUCAAAUAUAUGUUAACCCUUAAAUCACUGACACUUUUCCAUAGGGAGAAUUUAUUUAUGCUAGUUUGGGGAAGGAUACUGUUUAAUUCACCCAAACAUAAUGUGACUCAAGGGGUUUGUUUAAUCCUCUGCGGUUUUUAUCCAUACGCCUUCAUUCUAAUAUGCUACCAAGCCAAUGAAGACACAUAAUAUGUUUUUAAAAGAGAACGAAUGCACUGUGUCUCUAUAAAAACAAUUGUCAGUUGGAGAAUUAUAGAUAAUAUGAUGAUUUACAUAAUAUAGAUUUUUCAUAUUCUGUGUGACUCAGUGAAUACAUAUAUAUAGAGAGAGAGGCUGUUUAUGUUCUCUCCAGUUUUUAAAGAUAUAUAUAUAUAAUUUGCAAUCUAGAAAUUGUGUGGUGGGUGUUUUCUUUAAAGUAAGUGAGCGUGUGUGUGUGUGUGCGUGCAAGAUGAAAGGAAUACUGACCUUAAUCCUGCAGCCCUCACAACUGAUACUUUUUUUUUCACCUGAGAAAGUCCACUGACUUUGGUGGAAGUCACAUGAGGAAGGUGGAAUAAUCUCCCCUCCUGGAGGCCACGUUUUGCCCUUAGAUGUGCAAAUAGUGUUCCUACGGGAGGCUGGGUUAUAGGAGCAGAGGCUGGGCAGCAUUGAGCACCUCUGAAAUUUUCAUUCAGGUUCUCAAGGGGCACCCAUGUAGGAGCAGAUUUGGCUUUGCUUUUGCAAUGUAGUCUUAGCUAAGCCUGCAAAAGUCAUCGGGAAGCUUUCAUCUGAUUUCAAGAAGCAUUGGGGCAGGCUUAUUUUGCAUGCAUAUUUUUCUUUUUCAAAACAUUCCUGCUGGAAGCAAUACAAAUUGGUUGUGUUUGAUGAGUUUUCCCCGGGAACGAGACCUAUUUCCAAUGGACUAAAUGUCAGAAGGUUUUUAAGGGUUAGCAUCAUAAUCAAAAAGCUCCUGGUUUUGGUUUGUGUUUUGAAGCUGUUGUGAACUUGCAGAUGUUUAGAGAAGUAACCUGGCAUGUUGAACUGAAUGCUGGACAUCCCUUCCAUGCAGCUGGCAGAGGGGCUGAUCUUCCCCGAGUCCUUGUCCAUUGCUGGCAGUGGACACUGCGGAGUUGGCACAAUUACAGAGAGUUGAUAACUUGCCACUCGUGUUCAACACUUUUUUAGCAGACUUUGCUCUUAUCUAGGCAUUGAAACAUGGGUGUGUGGUAUCAAACUGCUUCCACUUGACUGACUUUACGUGUGUUUGUAAUUUAUGCACAGCAUUAUAUGUUCAGCAACAAUAAGGGGGAAAAAAAAAGGGUGUAUCAAAUAAACUCCCCUGUGCCAAAUACUUGACAAAUAUUGUAACUGCAGAUAUCUGAUUCUUGGUUUUCAGCCAUUUUAAGAAUCAUUUGAUUAACGAAGGAGUUUAAGGAAAAAAAGUUACUAAGCUAUGCAGUGCCAUUGUUAUGUUGGGUGGUAAAUGAUGCUUUUUAGACCAUUAGAUUGGUUUAGUAUAUCCUGUCUGCUAAAAUAGAUACAGCAUCCAUAAAACAAUGAAUUUAAAAAAGGCACAGGGUGCAUAACUGUCUCAUAAAAUAUGUAUAAUUGUCAAGUAUAAGCCUUUGAAAUCAUUCUGUACAGUUCUCUUCAUUCUGCAAAUUUAUUACUUAGACUGCUGUCUUUUCAAAUGUUAGCUCAUAAUUUUAUACUAUACACACACAUUCAGACACGAACACAAAUGUCACAGAAUAGAACCUUUCUAAAAGCCUGAUUGCUUGAAAUUCUAUAACGCCUUUCACAAUUUCAUUUUUUUCCCCUCUGAAAGUCCAAGGUGAAGAAGAGCAUGCUGACAUGAUGCAAAACAAACUUGCGGUGUCCAAGAGCUGUGGUUUGUCAGUACAGUCAAAAGUCCCCCUUGACCGGAGCUAUAGAAACACGAUUCCAGGGCACAUAACUUUUUCAUUUUUAUUUUUGGUUGGGUGGUGUUUUUUCUUUUUUUUUUUUCAUUUAAUCCCUUCUUUUGAUAUGUAUGUAGAUGCAGUUGAAUGGGGUUACUUACAUUAUUUUUAAGCUGUAACUUAAAAUUCCUGCAUGAUUGUUGUUUUAUUUCUUUUGAUAAUGUGAUUUUGAAAAGCUCUCUCCCCAUUCCACUUUUUUUUUUUUUUAAGGAUGUAUCAGACGCCUGCAUCAUGAAGGGCUUUACUGUCAGUGCUUUGGUACAGAUUCAAGAACAGAGCUUUAGUUUAAAGAAAACACACAGACCAAAACCUUCAGCCAUCCCAGCAGGCUCUUUGUUUUUUUCUGAUUUCAAAACCAUAAGCCGGUUUUGCCCACAACCCAAUUUUUGUUAUAGAAUAACAAAUGAAGAAUCUCAGACAUCCUCCCGCUUCCCAAAUGGCAGGAUGGGCCUUCGCCCGUCAGCACUUCGCUUCCAUCCCGCAACUGCCUUAACCGUGCAGGAAACGUAAGAACAUGGAUGGAGUUAGAGAAAUGCCCAUUCCUGGAAACAGAAACAGGGGCGUGGUCUGAGCUGUGCAGCCCAGAUCCAAUGUUGGAAUUUUUUUCUCCUUAUUCAGGGGCAUUGAAAUUCAGGGUUCUGUUGAAAUCUCAGUCUCAGCAGAAAUGUUAUUUUGACAUUUCCAAGGACUGUGUUCCCUGCAUGGCUGUCUGCUAAGGAAUGGGAUGUUUGAAAAAAUAAACUACUUGACAUUUAGCGGUCUCUAUGGGAUUGUCCAGUUGCCUUGCAUGACUUCAGGCUGGGGUUUCCUUUCCCUUGCACAGAUACCACCUUGGCAUAGCCCCAGUGGAAUCAGAAGGGGACCCCAGUCUAAAAUUGGUGCAGAUGACACUAGAAUUGGUUUCUUUGCAUCCUUGUUAACAAGGGGAUGCAUUUUCAGAGCCUUCUUUUUAUACAUACUGAAAUCAUACAUUUUUCUGACUUUGCUCAGCACGUCUUGGAUGUAUAGUGGGACUGAAAAGGCCAGUGCUUGAAUUAUCUAGACAAACCUUCCGUUCCUCGGGAAUUCAGCUAAUAGAGACCUCACACUGCUGUACCCCUGCAAGAUGCACUGAACUACUCAGUGCUGCUACUGCUAAUCUCAGUUGGGUCUCCCCUUGCUGGGGAGGCGAAAUGGGAAAGAUGCAGAGAGGAAUUUGCUUCAAUUAGCUGAGUUAGCUAUGCUUCAGAAUUGAUCUGAUGGUCUGUAGACAUUUGGAAAGUGAUUGGAGUAUUUACAAAUAGCUGUGAUGCAUUGGCUUUUUUUUCUUGGAAAAGAAAAAAAUAUUAAGGGAAUGAACGAGAUUUGGAGUCCUACCUAUCCCUAUCAGAGUUUUAUGUUCGUCACAUUGCUGUUGGAGGCAAUGUACUUCAGGUUUACCUUUGUGUCUCAGUCAGGGACAUACUUUUCUCAGUAAACGAGGUCCUGGGAGACAGAAGGCAACUCCAGCUCAUAACCAGCAGCUUCACACCGCAGCAAAGCCAAGACAACCUGGAGGCUACCAGCACUGUGAAGCUUUAGCCCCCGAGUCAGCCACGGCUGUUGCUGCCGUGUGAGAGUUUGUCCCAGCUGGGUGUGUUGGGCUUAGUAUUUUCUUGAGACUUGGACAAUCUUGGUGUUUUAUUCUUGGCAGGUGACAUGGGGAAUUGUCAGUAUUAAAGACAUGCAAAUGCUUCCCUGGACUGAUGUGAUAACAGCUUUGUUCCUUUAUUCACAAGGGUUUCCAGACUUAUUCCCACUCUGCCUUUAGACACAGCCAUGCCCAUCUAUCCCCUAAUUUCAUGUGAACUACCUUUGCAGACAGAAGCAGGUUUGUUGUUCUCUCUCUAGAUCUGAAUAAUGCCUGCAAAGUUCAUGGGCUUUCUCUGUGUAGGGCAGAGCACCCCUGAAUAUAAGCAAUAAUACUGACCUGUUCCCGUUUGCAUGAGGAGUUUUUUUCUUACCUAACUCUGAGUUCACCUCUCCCAACAUCCCAUGCUGCUGCUGUGACUCACCUUUUUUGUUGGCAGCAGCUCCAGGAGACAGGCAGCCAAGAUACAGUUGGUGUGAACGUAGGCAGCAGUUUAUUAAGACGGACAAUGGUGUGAUGGGAGCCUUUGGCACGAGCCAGGCUCAGCUUCAGUUAUCUGAUGGUUGAGAAUGAUCCAAGGAGGAAAGGAACAACCAGGGCAUUGUGUCUGAGCCGUCCGGAGUCCCUGAAAGGAUUAUCCACCCUUCCGUGCUCCUGGAUAGACCUACCUGCCUGAGACCCACGCUUUGUGGGCGUUUCUUCCAAACUUGCCAUCAGCUUCCUUUCUCCAGCCACACAGUCCUUCCUUCUUCCCAACGGCAAAGCACAGCUCGACUCUGCCAAGUCAGUACGAGGUGCUCAGGGUUACUGAGUGGCAUUUAAUUUUGCCUGGGGGGCCAGCAGGUCUCACUUAGUAUUUACAUAUGCUCAAAAUAUUAUAGUUUGUUCUGCUUUUAUACGCUAAAUCUAUUACUUCUAGGCCGCAGAUGAUGUUUUCUAUCAUUCCUUUGACAUUCCUAGCCAAUCUGAGUCUUAAUACAAUUGCUUCGCUGAAAAAUGGCCUUUCAGCAGUUCUUAGACAUCAGGUACUUCUUUAUUAACUAGUGAUACCAAGUAAAAUCUUUGACCGUUGUCUGUUCCCUGAAUCCAGCGGAGCAGAAGGAGGUGGUGUUUUCUUUGACAGACUAUGAACAUGGACUGCUUUCUUUCAGCUUCAGUCUUGGCACAGCUGCUCAGCUAUGAGCAUCCCUCAGUCCCGAAAGGACACAGGGAAUUCAGGAGGAGCCACACAGACACAGGAAUCCAUUUAGAUGGCUGCAAGAAUGGGACCAUAGGAUGUAUGUAGUGCAUAUGCUGAUUUGCUUGUCAAAACCUUGCUUCAGUCUCUGUUUGUUUGAUGAAUGGAGUGACUCCAGGGACGAGGUCUUUGGGAUACUAUGAGUUUGCGAUGUUUCCCCUACUUUCUUCAGAUUAAGUGUGGCAGAGCGGAGUGUCACACCGUAGGAAGGAAGAAAUUAGCAAUACCCUGAUACUUCAUAGUGCUGGGCUUGUUCUGCACAACGUUGGUGUCUGCAAAUGGCAGAAAGCAGUAAGAAACUUGUCAAGUCCAACUCGGGAAAUAAUUUAUAGCAACUUCAUAAAUGAAUUUUCCCUUUUAUUUCUUCCUUGUGAAUUGCUAAGAAAACCAAGAAAAGGCCUCCAGUGUAUUUGCAAGGUCAUUUCUGCAUAUCAUCUGUGGUCUGGAGGGGUUUGGAAAAGCUUGCUUAGAAUUCAUACAUGUUGGUUUGUUCUGACCAGACACAGAAAUCAUGGGGGAUAUUUCUGGUCCCUGAGUUCCCUAGGCUUGAGUUUUCUCAUCAGUACAAAUAUUUAGUUCAAAAGCAUGUGAUUAGGAAUUGAGUAAGAGGAUCUUUGCUCAGUGCCAGUGGGCAGAGUGCCACUGGACAUACACUGCUCCAGGACAGCCAAAGUGCUGGCUUCCAACUCACAAUCCACUUUCCAGGAAUAUUCUCUCACAGAUGCUUGAAAUUCUCUGUCUCUCCCAGUGUUCCUACCAGUUAAUGCAUUCAUUUGAGUAAUUACUGAGAGCAAACAUGAGAAGGGUAUGAACCCAGACAAAACCAAAUUGGUAUUAAGGUGAAGCAGGUGGUGCAAAUUUUAUUUGCAAUGUUUGCACAGCUCUUAGAUCGGAAGCAAAAAAUCUCUUGGGAAUCAGAGAGUUGCACAUGGCCUAACAUGUCUUAAUUCUUCCCAAUUGAAUUGACAGUUGGUAGGACAGCAAAAGGCAUCUUCCUCUGCCGCGUAUAUCUUAGCCCUUCAAAACCCUUUUCUUUUGCAGUAUGGCAUCGCACAAAUACCAGUGCAUUUAUCCCUCAAUGUAAACUGCAUCUCUGUGCUAUGUUUUUGGUGCCUCACAACUCUAAACUGUGUGAACUUAAGGAAGAAAUGACCCUUGUUCGUCGCCCACGACGCUUUCUGCCUGAUCGGAGGAUGAUGAUCCCUCCUGAAGACUCGCAGCCAUUUUCCAAAAGUCUUACAUGCAGUGGGACCAAAACCGUGCUCUGUUGAUCGCAGGUGGCCUGUAAGCUGUGCUCGGAGGUCUGUAGCUUGUCUACAGCCCCGCGUUGCCUUCACGAUGUUUUCAGUGCAAAGCACGGUGAUGAGGCUAUGCACAACUGUCCCUGGCAAAUGUUAAGGGUUACCAAUGGUCCAUGACCACCAAAGUUUGGGGCUCUCCAUGUUAGCACGUGAAAGCAGCUCCCAUCAUCUACUUUUGGGAAGGAGCCAUCUCAAAGCAGGGUUCAGUGGAAAAGUGCAGCAGCACUGGGACCACAUGAAAGGGAGCUCUUGGUUCACUUGGGUACCACAUCCGUAGGGAGGAGGGGUGGGGAUGGGAGCAGGGGAAGAGCUGUGACCUUUUAAAACCCAUAGUGCCUACCACUGCAAAUGGAACGCUGUAUUGUAUUAUAUUAUACGUGACUACCAUGUAAAUAAAGUACAGUAAAUGUGGUGUUCGUUAGGAUUUUGAUACAAGUCAAAUGCAGUCUUGCAGAAAUGGGUUUUUUGCCCUGCUGUAUGUACUUAUAUCACAUUCCAGGCACGGGGACACGUGGGGUCGUGUGAGCUGGAAAUGCAUAAAUGGCAUUAGAUGGGAAAUGUUUGCAGUAAGACUAUUUUAAAAUUCCUUUUGCCCUGGAUGAGACACGAGCACCAUAUGAAAGCCAGCCAGAGUGAAGGGAGUGGGGGCAGCUUAAAUGCGCGGGAGGAGAGCAGCUCCUGACUUGAAGUGGUUUGUGAGCCGAAGCGACAGCGCUGUCCAGCCAGCCCUUGGCCAUGCUUCAUUCAUGAUGGAGGAAAAGUGAAGUUUUAGUUUGGCUGAUUUCCCUUUGCUUGUUUUCCUGAUGCAGAGGUUGAUCAGGAGCAUAUGCCUUGCCUGCGUAACCUGGUUGUUCUCCACCCUUGAGAUCCCUUAGCAGCAGCUACAGCUGAGCAAACUUGAGAGCUUAAAAUUGAAAGCAGAUUGGGAAAGAAGUUCUCCUGUUCUUAACUCAACCAGCUGGCCCCUCUGAGGCUCUGGCAAACAUUGAGGGGCCUUUCUUUUGGCUAAUAAGAGUAUUAGGAACUCGCUUUGUUCCUUAACCCACUCCCUUCUCCAUCCUCAUGUUUCUCUACGGUGUAAUAACAGAAUUAACGCAUUUCAGUGAGGCAGGUCUGCCACGUGGCCCCCAAAUUCUGAUGCAUCUCUUAACUGGGUUGUUGGUGAGAGUUUCUCCAGGCUUCAGAAGCUCAGGACUUCUCUGGGAAGUGUUUGCAGCUGGUGUGUGGAUGUAAUCUCCCGUCGGUCUGUGGAGGAUUUCUCAAAGGAGAAACAAGGUCGCCCGAUGCAGUUUGUCAGACCUAUGGCUCAAAACGCCCCACAGAGCUCUCUGCAGGCUCCACAACUAUUGGAGGAGUAUCUACCUGCCUCCGUACCAGACCAGUCAGUGAUGUUUGUCCCACGUAUCAUUGCUAUUCUUCAUUGCUAGUCACCUGGGCAGAGCAGCAUUUGUGGGUGGUUGUAUGUGAAGAAGGUUCUUCCUGCAUAGAACUUCUCCACAGAUGGUGUGUAGCAGCGUGCAUGGGAUCUGGGUGAGCCCAGGUGCCUCUGCCCCUGCCUCGGGCUGUAGGUUACUCUUUUCCUACAGUGCCCAAGGGAAAGCGGUCCUCCAAAAGGUCUUUGAAGUGUGCUGGUUUGACUGCCGAUAAUUUUGCAGAAGUUUAGCAGCACUUCCAAAAUAAACCAAAACCUGGUUUGGAAAAGGAAAUGUUUCACUGUACAAUUGAUUUUAAAAAAAAAAAAAAAAAAGAAAGAAAAGAAAAAAGAGAAACCACAUGCUCGAUAUAUUUUGAGUACUGUGUUCUGUAUUUUUGCAGCUUAUAUUUUCCAGAUGAGCAGUUUAGAAAUAUGUGAUGUGAAAUACAUACUGUAAGUUUGCUGUAAAUGAUAUUAAAAACACUAUUUUCAUUCUU